AUGACUUACGGUUCUGAGCGUAGUAGCCCCAGUUUGAUUACACCCCCACAGUCACCAAUGAACCUGGAGACAUCAUCAUUUGGCAGCAGUCAAUCACAGAGUUCAAUUUCUUCUCUAACAAAGAUCUCCAUCAGUCCUGUAUCAACAGGAGAACACAGGAAAGACAGAUACCUAUUCCGUAAUAGGUCCUUUCUGAGAAUUCCUCUCACUCCUAGGCCUCGAUUCUCAUCACUACGGAGUCUGAGGCCUUUUCUACAAGAACCCCGUCACGUGACUGUGCAGAAAGGAACUGAACCGCUUGGAAUUUCAAUUGUGAGUGGAGAAAAUGGAGGGAUAUUCGUUUCCAAAGUAAUUGGUGGAAGCAUCGCUCAUCAGGCUGGACUUGAAUAUGGUGAUCAGUUGCUUGAGUAUAAUGGCAUUAAUCUGAGGAACGCCACUGAGCAACAGGCUCGGUUAAUUAUUGGACAGACAGAGCCAUGUGAGACUAUCACCAUCUUGGCACAAUAUAACCCACAUAUGUAUCAACUGGGUAACCACUCACGUUCCAGUUCCCGACUAGAGCCAAUAAGCAACCAUUCAACUCCCCAAGGCAGUGGAGCAACAACACCUGACAAUCACUCCAUAAUUGACGCUGUGAGUGAACAGGAUGAAGGGACAAUAACCCCACCAUCGAAGCAAACCACUCCAACUACUAGCCCACGUGACUCAAUCAGAAAGUCAAUUGAUUCAACCAACCAAAUUGCUGAGCCAAGAUUCCUUUUCCUCAAGAAAACCCAGAUAGAAUUCGGGAUCCAAAUUUGUGGUGGAAAUCUAUAUGGCAUAUUUGUGGCAAAAGUGGACGAUGACAGUCCAGCAAACGGCCCUGAUGGGCUGGUUCCUGGGGAUAAGUUAUUAGAGUACAAUGGCACUGAUAUGCGGAAUGUGACAGCUGAGCAAGCCUAUGUCGAAAUGCUGAAACCCACAGAAACAAUCUCUGUGAAAGCUCAGUACAGAAUAGAGGAAUUCAACAAGAUCAGAAAUGAAGCCGGAGAUGGAUUCUAUAUCAGAGCACUUUACGAUCGAGUUGCCGAAGUAGAGCAUGAUUUAAGUUUUAAGAAGGAUGAUAUCCUUUACGUCGAUGACACUCUGCCACAAGGAAACUUUGGUUAUUGGAUGGCCUGGCAAUUGGAUGAAAACGCUCAGAAAUUGGAAAGAGGGCAAAUCCCCAGCAAAUACAUGAUGGAUCAGGAAUUUUGCAGAAGACAUAGUAUGUCAGAAGUCAAGGAUGAAAAUGGCUCAGUGAAGACCCUGUCAGCAGCAGCCCGGAGAUCGUUCUUCCGGCGAAAUAAAAAACAUAAACGGAAUAACUCGAAAGAUGGAAAGGAGAUGUUGGCUCUUGAUGCCAUAAGCACUGAUUCUAUCCCUUUGUUGGAAGAUUGUGGAAAUUUGGCUUAUCAAAGAGUGCAGAAAAUAGAAUGCACCUCACCGAGGCCUGUGCUUAUUUUGGGACCAUUAGUGGAUGCUGUGAAGGACAUGUUAGUUAAAGAUUCCUCUGGAAAGUUCUGCAGAUGUCCACUAGAGGUUAUGAAAGCUUCGCAGCAGGCCAUUGAGCGAGGAGUUGCAGACUAUCUCUUCAUUGAUUACAAGAGGAGAAGUGGCCAUUUUGAUGUCACCACUGUUGCCUCCAUUAAAGAAAUAACCGAGAAGGACAGCCACUGCUUGCUUGAUAUUGCACCACAUGCUAUUGAGCGUCUACACCGAAUACACAUCUAUCCAAUCGUCAUAUUCAUACGGUACAAAAACCUGAAACAAAUCAAAGAGCAAAAGGAUCCAGUAUUUCUGCGGGAUAAAGGUACACAAAAAAAACAUUCCAAGGAACAGUUUGAGGCUGCUCAGAAGAUUGAACAGGAGUACACCAAGUUUUUCACAGGUAUUGUCCAGGGCGGCAGCCUGCCCUACAUUUGCACUCAGAUCAUGACAAUUGUUGAUCAAGAACAAAACAAAGUCUUGUGGAUUCCAGCUGGAACACUCUAGGACCGCACUUGGGUAGCUCAAACUUGCUUUGUUAUAAAGGUGUAAAAGCUGACAAUUGCCAUAUUGAGUACAUAUUGGAACAGUCUGAAGAUUGCAAAUUACACAGAACAGGCAAUGUACUUAUAGUGAAUGAAAAUGAAUCUCAUUCUGAGGGUGUUGGAUAAAUACUUUUAAAUAGGUUGCUACACAUUGACCUGACAUCUGCUGUACUCUGGCAAUGUUAGAAAAACACCCUCCAAAUUGGAUAUAUCCAGGAUUGAUUUUAAAAUAUUUUAUUCUACCUUAUCUCUCCACUCCCCCGAAUAAAAAUUUGAAAUAAAAGUGUUGCUGCAAUUAAAAUUUAGAACACAUGUUUACAAGUAAUAUUUCCUGAGUAUUUGUUUUAAAUGUUUACUUGAAUGUUUAUAUCCUUAUUUCUUAUUCUUUGUAUUUUGGAUAAGACAACUCUUCUAAAUGGGGUGAAGUUUGUGCAUGCAUACAGGCGUGUUUAGCUGGUUACAUGCUCGCGUCUUGUGAUUCUACUGGCAGAUUAAACCUAAUAAAAUUGGUACAGAGUGAUCAUGUAAGUGGGAAAAGAUAUUGUGAUUGGUACUGUUUGGAGUGGAUUAUGAAUUUUUAUGCACUCCUGUAAAGGGCAGACCACUGCAUUAAUUUUUUUUGUCUGUUGAAAAUAUAUUUUUCUGCAUGGAUCUUGAUAUUUAAGCAGCAUAAUGUAUCUGAUCAUAUUGUAUAAACUAAUACCUUAAUUGUUGGGCCUAAUGAUAUGUAGCAAGGGGUAAAGAGCUAUUAGCUAGGCCUGGCAUGCUGAUAUGACACUUUCUAAAAGCUGUAAAUAUUGAAGAAACUCAUCUUGGUGCAAUUUUGCAGUAUAUGUUGAGCAUUUUUGUUUUUAAUUGAGUGUGUAGCAGUCAGAUUUAUUUAACUUUGAAACACUAUUUCCCUUGCUUGGAGUUUUGUCUAAGUAAAUGUAGUUUUGAGGCACAGUAAAUAAUUGUAGAGUUGCCACUGUCUGGAAAUUGGUCAUUGAGUCUGCAAUGCAAUGUCUAUGUUAUGUUCUCCACCCCCAAACCCUACUCCCGCCACCCCCACCCCCCACCGCCCCCCAGUACAUUGUGCCAAAUUGUCAACAUUAAUAUCCUCUGUUUUCACAUUGCACUUGUGAAUCCUGUGUGCCUAACACAGGAUUGCUUUUGGUCCUCCAGUUUGUGUCAUUUUUUAAAUGUAGUUUCCUACUGUACCUACAGUCUUCAAUGCAUAAAGAAAUACAAGACUGUUCCUUACAUUUCAUUAAUUGCCUGGUGCAUGAGAGCCUUUCAUAUGUUCAACAAAACUGCUCACUUUUGAGUUCUAUAGUGAAAAGGGAUGUUUUUAAAGAACAAAAGGUUGUUCUACAUUUUAACAACUUGAUUUUCUUUUUAACAAACACUUUUUAAAUUAGAAUUAGUGCCAGAAGUAGCAUUGGGCCAGGUUAUUCAAUUGACUUCACAUACUGCAGACAUGUAGAACAAUUCAAUUAUUUUCUAUAACAGCCUGACCUCGCAGUGAGGAAGUUUCCCUUUUACAUUCAAAGUGCCCAAUCUUACUGUUGGACUUUUCAUUUUGGCUCAAUAUGUAAAUCCAACUGAUCCAGUGAUUUGAUCCCUACGCACCUACUGCCAAUGUAAGUUGUUGCAGGGCUCAGUCAGAGUGUGACAGAAAUGGUACAGAGCAAGCAGGUACUGAUUUUUUUUCUGUGCUGAAAGAAGAAUGUUACUUUGUAUCAAAUGUAAAGCAAUUGAUUAGUACAAGAAUAAAGGUCAAUUUCUGAUAUCCAA